GAGAAUUACAGAAGCGCAUUAAGAAUAGGUUUAACUUUCAAGUUUAAUAGAUUGAAGCAGAUUCAGAAUAGAUUUACCGUUUGAAUCAAAAUGUCAUGAAAAUAAUAGUUAAAACUGGGGAAAAUGUUUGUAAUAGUCGCUGCGGGACUAUUAAUUCUGCACAUCAUCUGAGCUCCGGGUGCACAUCGCGAUCCGGGUUCGCCUGGAAAGACGUGGGGCAUCACGCUCUGCAAGGGCUCCUCGCGCGUGGGGGCGAGGGGAUGUUCCGAGUGGGGGGUGCGCGCGCUGUCAUCACCGGUCACGUCGGUCCCUUCCGACUCGCUCCGCGCGCCAGUCCGGCUUCGCAGCGGCGCGAGGCAGAACACGCUCGCUCGGCGCGCUCAGAGACGCUCGGGGCAGAAUCGAGACAAAAGUUCCCUUCAAGUGUUCAGCCCUCGUGUGCGAAUCCACAAAGAUGAGUAAUCCCGAGCAGCACCUGGCGCAUGUCUAAAGGCGAACCGCCCUCCUGCGCGAGCUGCUCCAGAGCAGGACCGGCCGCUCCCGAGGAGAGCUCGCCGGCGGCCGUGAUCACGAGCACGGGUGGCUCCUGCUCCUGCCAGGUCCCCGCACGGCGCGUCUUCCUUUGGGGGUGAAGCAUCCGGGCUGCGCAGGCGGUUCUUCUGUUUUAUUUGCUCAAUGUGACAGAGUUUCUCCUGCCUUAGAGCGAAGCGGACCGCCCGGGGCGCGGAGUCGCUUGAGGAGCCGCUGGAGCGCGCCCGAGCUCGGACCCGAGCGGGCUGAGCGGGACUUCAGAGCACGACGAUCCCGACACGAGGGGAAGAGGAACCGAGCCGGUACCGCUCUGUGUCAGCGAGGUAAGAGCUCCGGCAGCCACCGCGCGGCUUUUCAGUUCAGGAUUUGAGACAAUUCAGGUUUCUGUAAGGAAGUGUAGAUUCGUGAGCGGGGUCGGGCUGUGCGGAGCUCCGUGCUCUGGAAGAAGCGGGCAGCUCUGUCUGCGGUCGGGGGCGCCGAUCGCCUGCUUGAUCUCCUGGUGCUUCCCUGCGCAGGUCCAGCCCGUGGUGCGGGCGGGUCCGAUGGCGCUUCGCGGCCCCUGAGCCGAUGGGAGCCAUGCUGCCGAACGAGACGUGCGAGAACACCACGAGGAUCCACGCGGACGGGAACCCGGCGGUCAGCACCAUCAUGUUCCUCGCCGGCGUGGGGGGCAACGUCAUGGCUCUGGCCAUCCUGGGCGUCCACAGGAAGGAGCAGCGGAGCAAGUCCUCGGUGUUCUGCAUCCUGGUGACCGGGCUGGCCGCCACGGACCUGCUGGGCACCUGCGUCCUCAGCCCCAUGGUCUUCGUCUCGUACGCCCGCAACGCCUCGCUCCUGGGGCUGGUGGGCAGCCCCCGCCUGUGCGACCUCUUCGCCUUCGCCAUGACCUUCUUCGGCCUGGCCUCCAUGCUCAUCCUGUUCGCCAUGGCGGUGGAGCGCUGCCUGGCCAUCAGCCACCCCUACUUCUACUCCAAGCACGUGGGCCGCGGGCUCGCCAAGGCGCUGCUGCCGGCCGUCUACGCCUUCGCCUGCCUCUUCUGCUCGCUGCCCUUCCUCGGCUACGGCCAGCACAAGCAGUACUGCCCCGGCACCUGGUGCUUCAUCGAGAUGGAAGCCAGGGAGGGGGAGGGCGGCGCGGUGCUGGCCUUCUCCCUGUCCUACGCCGCGCUCAUGGCCUUCCUCGUGCUGGCCGUCUUCCUGUGCAACGGCUCCGUCAUCGUCAGCCUGUGCCGGAUGUACAGGGCCCAGCGCUUCCGCCGGGGCUCGGUGGUCUCCUCCGGCCGCAAGAGGAGGAGCUGGCUGGGCCACGGGGAGGAGGAGGUGGAGCACCUGGUGCUGCUGGCCUGCAUGACCCUGAUAUUCGUCAUCUGCUCGCUGCCCCUCACCAUCUGCGGCUUCGUGAGCGCCAUCUCUCCGGGGGGCAAUGACGAUGACAACCUGUUGGCGUUCCGCUUCUCCGCCACGAAUCCCAUCGUGGACCCCUGGAUCUUCAUCAUCUUCCGGAAGAGCACAUUCCACAAGCUGCGCUCCCUGCUGUGCUGCCGCUUCUCCCAGAGCGCUCUGAAGACCAACAGCUUCCCUGAGCCCAGCCAGGGUCACGGCACCCCCUUUGAGCAGCAGACCUACUGCAGCCUGCCUGUCACCUCUCACUGAGCACGUUCAGGGGGCUGGCGGCCGGGUGCCACCCUGGCGCCCUACCUUCUUCCUCUUCCAGAAAGCACAGCCCCUCACGGCCAGCGCCCAGCCAGGACACUGAAGGUGGCAAUGACUGCUUGACUACAGCAAGGGCUCUAAACUCCCUGAAUGCUGGUCUGCUUUCCGGAUUAGCUGGCAGGAACUCUAUUAAUUAGCACUCAACCAUGUAUUAAAAUUAUUAUCAUUUCAUGGUCUCAAAGUGCAGGAUGGACAUUUCUCAUCACAACAACUGAUGUAAUUUAAUUUAUACUGUGACAGGUUUAAUUUAUAUUGAUAACAGAGGUCUCCUCACAUCUGGACACAUCAACUCUCCACUCCAGCGGAACCACACGCAGGAGGACGGGGUGAGCUCACCACCGACUCCUCCUGCUCCUUCGGCUCUCUUUCUUCUGCUCCCACUGCAGAAGGAAGACCAGACUUUGAGCAGCUUCAGAGAGCUUGAGAACAGGGCCAAGGCCAGUGUUGCACACAUGGAGCCUCGUCACAGGAAGUACAGCCCUCGUGUGCAGCUCAGAUCCCCGACUGGCUCGGACACAGCAGCAGAGGGCAAGGGGGUGCCUGCUGCUGCUGCUGUCCAGAGCCUGUGUGCUGCAAGAAGAGCUGACUCCAGCUGGUCCCUGUGUCAGUAGUCCCUCUGGGAAUUUCAGCAGGCACGUUACAUUUGUUCACAGUCAGAAUCACAACCUAGACUGUCCACAGGCCUUUCGCAUGGAACAAUAGUCCAAUGGACACUGCCGAAUUUUGUAAUUGCCAUGACAAAGGAAAGGAGUUUGAAAGUAAGCACAGCACGAAGGGUCUUGAUUGGGUGACCAUGCAGCUGGGAACAUGUCUUCUGUAGGACCAUAUCCAAACAGUAAAACCAGGCAGACAGCAUUAGACCAGACGUGCAUCAGAAAAGCGUACCACAAAGAGAUCUCAGUAGAGGGGAGGAAAAAAUUUUUUUUUUUGUUUGUGUUUUUAAGAAUACAUAAAUCCCAGAAAGAAAACCCGGAAUGUUUAGCUAUAUUUCUCUCAGAACAAAUGAUAAAUAUAAUUUGUAUAAUUCAUGAAUCCCUCCAUGCUGCAAUACAUGGUUAAGAGAUGCGAUGGAAUGUCAGCAGCAGAUCAGCGCUUCUGGGCCAGUAACCGGACCGCAGCACACUCAGCCCUGCCAGGCUCCGGCCUGCUGGCACUCAUGCUCUCAGCUCUGCCUCAGGGGGAACCAACACAGGGGCAGAACAGGUCAGAAGGGGAGCUGUUUCUCCUCGGGUACGCAGCAUAACCACCACCCUGCAGCCAAGGAUGCUGGAUGGAGGAAAGAAGGAGCUUCCUGAGCUCAGCGAUUCAACUUUGCAGUUCAUGGAGCAGCUGCGGGAACUUCAAGCAAGUGAAGCCAAAAAUCAAACAAACUGGUCAGUGCUUUUGUAAACCUUCAGUGUAAAAAGCGCCCCUGUAUUGUACAGAAUAUUGUGAGCUGCAGUCUUACAACGUCUGUCUAUCUGCAAUAUUAUUCUACCCUGCAGUACAUGUUGUGAUCAAGUGCUGUUGUUUACAUGUGUGUGCAAAGUUGCAUGUAUCAUGAUGCCUGGCUCUCCAUGUUCUCCUACCUGUCUGAGACAAUGCAUGAUGACUGGCAGGUUACAGUGCUGUAGACAGUGAGCACAUUAACCAAGCUCAUGGCAGUGUUGACCUCUGGUAAAGAGGUGCUUGUAAAAGUGUUUGAACUAAACAAAUAAACCUGAGUGAUUGCAGUGCAUUGGAGCCACAUUGUGGGGUAUCUGACUAAUCUGGCCCCCAGAUCGGAGCAAGGGGGAGCACUUGCAUCCUCAGUUCCAGCUGCAUGAGCCAGUGGACGCAGACACAGAAAAGAGCACGAUCCAGCCCAAAGAGGAGGGAGGUCAUUCAGGAUGGAAACUGGCUGCAAGGGAGUGCGAUCAUGGCUUCUAGGUUUUCACAGCACUCAGCCUUGCCACUGCAAAGUCACAAGAAAGUCUUUUUUCCCCAGAAAGGAGGCUAUUUAAUUCAAAAUUCACAUGUUGCUGCAUGCAAGAAAAAAAUGCUCACAUUUCUAAUGUAAGAGUCUGUUAAUUAAGCAGGUGGUUAAGCUGAGUUACAUGCCUAUGAUCUGUUUGGGUUUUUUUUGCCUCUUUGGAAAUUUGGACCACAGAACUUUAUCACAUUCCAAAGAAGCUUACAAAACAUUCCUAAUUCCCGAAAAGUUUCCUCAUGAGAGUUACUAAUGGCUUUUUCUUUCUUCAUGGCAUCAGUUAUUGAAAUUUUUUUUUUUAAAUAACUGUUUCAGAAAAACACAUUAAAGGGAUGAGCUGCACAGCCAGUGUUGCUAUGUGUGAGAAGAGGAUUUAGUACUCAGCGCAUGUGGUGCUUCAUUACACAAAGGGAUGUGGGAGCCUGGAACUGCAACAGGCGACCCAAUUAAAAAUUGUG